AUAAAAGCUGAAGCAAAUGCUGAAUCUUCACUAUCACCAGACAUUAGUUUGGGAAUCUUACAAUUACAUGAUAAAUUAGCUCAAGAAAUGAAUAGUGAAGGAAUAAUCAAAGGUGCGCUUUAA